GGGGCGGGCUCCUCCCGCGCGGGGCAGCGGCUGAGGCGACCGGGCCGGGGCGCAGCGCCAUGCAGCGUCCGAGCGUCCCGCGCCGCUCCGCCUGACGGAGCCCCCGCGGCCAGCACGGCCAUGCGGCCGGCGCUCCGCUAGCAGCUCAGCCACCCCUUCGGCAGCGCGGCGGCGCCGAGCCCGGCACCAUGAGGAACGGCGAGGACCUGGAGGGCUUCGACGGCGAGGCGUCCAGCACCUCCAUGAUCUCGGGGGCCAGCAGCCCCUACCAGCCCACCACAGAGCCCGUCAGCCAGCGCCGCGGGCUGGGCGGCCUCCGCUGCGACCUGGAGUACCUGCGGGGCACCUUCGGCAGGAUCAAGCUGGCCGAGGUGGUUUUGGCACUGAUUGCGUUCAUCUGCAUAGAGACCAUCAUGGAAUGCUCCCCUUGCGAAGGCCUUUAUUUCUUCGAGUUUGUGAGCUGUAGUGCAUUGGUGGUUACUGGAGUCCUGUUGCUUAUGUUCAGUCUAAAUCUUCACACAAGAAUACCACAGAUCAACUGGAAUCUCACUGAUCUGGUCAACACUGGACUCAGCACUUUCUUCUUCUUCAUUGCCUCUGUAGUACUUGCUGCUUUAAACCAUAAAACUGGAGCAGAAAUUGCUGCUGUGAUAUUUGGUUUCUUGGCAAUGGCAGUGUAUGCUGUGAACACAUAUUUAGCUAUUAAAAAGUGGCGAAUGAACAGCAGGCAACAAAACAGUCGGCAGACCAGUGAUUACAUACGUGCUCGGACAGAAUCCAGAGAAGUAGAUCAUCGCCCUGAGAUUCAGCGUCUGGAUGCAUGAAAGCAACAUCUAGAUGGGACUGCAAAGGGAAAAGAGAAGUGCUGAACUUAUGGAAUAAAGUGUUUUUUCUUUAUUUAAGGAAGAAAAGGAAGAUCAGAUGGUGGCAAAGAAUGCCCAGCCUUGCAUAUGUGCAGAGGAGCAUUGAAUCAGAAGCUGUUGUCAUGAAAGCAGUAGAUGUUGGCCGUUGGAAAGCAAGAUCCUUUUACAACAGCCACAUAUAUAUACAUAUAUUGUAUAUAUUAUGUAUAAUAUAUUAUAUAUAUGUUCCGAAGUAUGUUAAUGUUUUGGAUUAACUGCACAGAACUUCCCUUUUCUAAGAGCAAGCUCUGAAUAUACACGUUCUGCCACUGUUUCUUCAUCUGUCAUAAACACUAAGACCAGCGCUAUCUUGUUUGUUUAAUAUAAGAAAGAAAUCUACCAGAAGCAAAGUUAAGACACGUGAAAAGGAAGUGAGGGGCAAACAGCAAUAACUUUAGCCAUGCAUCGUGUCCAGCAGUGCUCUAUCUCCUUCUUUGUGCAGCCUUGGCAGUGCAAUUCAAUUCUCACCUGCAAGAUCUCACGCUGUUUCAUUGUUGGUUCAUUCACCUAGCUGCCACAUGAAAUUCUUUUCUGUCUUCUGGUUGUUGAUUUAAUGUUGAGGCAAUUAUUGUUUGGAUUACUCAGAAAUCGUCACAUGCAGUUCGUGCCUGACCUUGCUUGUAUCAGAACUUGUGCAAGAUUAGUAUGUUUUAUUGAAUGGUCACCAUAACGCUUCCAGUGCAAGUAUGUGAACUUUCUGCUGAUGUUGGAUACAUGCUGUUUUUCAUUCCGAAAUGGUGGAGGGUGGAGGAAGCUUGGGAGGCAGGGCAGAGAAAGAGGAGGCUGAAGGGCAUAGUACUAAAGGAGAGAGGAUUAAUUGUCAUCUGGUAAACCUACGUUCCGGUCAUGCCUUUUUUCUUUUCUUCUUUUAAGGUUCAGCCUUUCUGAGAAGCCUAGGGUAAGCAGUAAUUAGCAAAAAUUUAUGAUAUAAAGUGUUUCUAAGAUUGCAAUACUAUGAUUCAUUUAAGACACUUCUUGUUUAGAGAGUUACUUGUUUCUUCUAAAAUUAAACUGUUGGUGGUGGGUAAAACUUGUUUUUUUGAAUUGGAUAUGUCUACAAAGAGUUCUUCUAAUAUUUUUGUUUAGGAGUGGUUUUACCUAAUUGAAGUUUCCUUAUUUUAAUUGUACUUGCAGUGAAGAUAAAGGUUUUUAAUCAAAACUUGAAUUCUGCAGUAGUCAGUUAAGUAUCUCAGUACUUCUUUUAUGAUUGGUGUUUUUAUCUGCGUAGUCCAUUAUUUGACACCAGCCUUGAACGCUUUUUGUAUUACCCUUGUUUAGCUGUACUCCUAAGUGAUUUAGCGCAGUUAAUUUCAGAACAAAAGGCAAUACACUGCAGACAGGUGACUUUUAAAUACAUAAAGCUGUUAUGCCAAACAGAAAGUCAGUACAAGUGCCUGGGCUUCUGUAAUACUGGAGGCAACAGAGAGUGUUCCAGAUUUGAACCUUACAUUGCAAUUCUUGGAUCAGGCAAUGGAAUCACACUGACAUGUGGAAAACUGGUAACAAUACCAAUGUCUUUUCAUUUUUCACAAGUUUUAUGUCUAUGGUGCAUUUCACCUUAAAAUUAAGAGUUAUUAAUGAGGUUAAAGAAAGCUUGCCUUUCUAAACUAGUAAUGGUUUUCCAGUUACUGUGUUAAGAUUUUAUUGUAUUUUGUUGAAAGUUAGCACCGAAGGUAACAUCAGUUUAAAAAAAGAUCUGACCAUAGAAGCUAACCUCCGUUGUUGGGUGUAGAGCAUCGACAUUUUGUGAAGGUGGUGUCUCACCAGGAUUAAUGGGUGUUUCAUGAAACAUAAAUGACAGUUCCAUGUUCAGUGUGGGAUGAAAUAAGUUUCUUGAAGUCAGUAUAGUUGCUUUAGCCCUUCUGUUUUUCAGCACUCCACUUGAAAGUAGCACAGACAUACCUAGACUGGAGUUGUAAACAGACAUUAAAGCAGUUUGCAUAAACAUUAUUAAAAAAAAAAAUUAAAAAGCCUUACUAAAAUGUAGAAUCUUGUUCUGCAGAAGAUGGAUACUUCUGUAGUGGUACCUGCAUCUGAAGUCAAGAAACACAAGUUAGGUGUUAGGGAAGAAGUUAAAUGUUAGGGUAAGCAUAGGCUUUUCAGUAUGAGUAUAUUCUGAUGCUGGUUAAUGAAAGGACUGCAAUGGUGCAUAUGAAAGAGAAUGUCCUAUUCCUCUUCUGUCGUCCCUGUGGUGAUUCUGGUCCUCUAAUUUCUCAGAGGUAUGUAUGGGAGGUUUCAUGUAUCUGCAAGUUUAUGUAUCUGGUAUCUUUCAAAUCCGUACACCUUUCCUUACCUGGACAAAGGAUAACUUCACAGGGCCUUUUCUGGAGUGAGAUCACGAAAAGCUUAUUAUCUUUAGCUGGAAUGACAAAUGCUUACUUAGUAUGAAUGAUAGUUGUACUUCUAAUAUUGUAUAGUACUUCAUCUUAUAGUAUAGUAUACCUGUAUGACUUUGAGUGCUUUUACAUGUUAAAUAAGUUUUCCUGAGUUGAGAACAAUAUUUAUUACUUACAGCACUCACGACUUGAGCUUAGCACAGCUUUCAGGGUAGAAUUCAAAGAGAAUAUGAUUUUAAAAAAAAUUUUAAAAAGAACUACUAUCUGAUACACUUUGUAAACGGGAAGACAAAUGUAAAUUUGUAAUUUCCUUAUUUUGGGGACCAAAGAUGAUUUUAGUAUUGUACAGUAUAUACUUUCUUAAAAUCUAAGUUAAGCAUUUAUUACUCUACAGAGACAUUAUUUGCUAUUUGGAUUAUGGAAAAGGGAAAUAAAGCAGGGGGGUUGAAACAUGAUGAUCUUUGAGGUCCUUUUCAACCCAGGCCAUUCUAUGAUGAUUCUAUGAAUAAAGUAGUUAUGAGACAACUAAAAUUGAAACAUUGAGUUCAUUUGACAUAAGCAUUCUUAAUUCCACCCCCUCUACAAUUUCAUGUGGUGUAUUGAAGAAGUUGUAAUCUUUCAUUAAGAUUGUUAUCAAAACUGCAGCCAUUAUAAGAGGAGAAUUUAAAAAAAAAAAAAAAGGAAAUCUCUUAUGGAAGAAAAUGAGUCGGAAAAGUUUUUUGAUUUGGUUUUUUUUUUUAUAAUUCGCUUAGAAAAGUGGCACUAAUUUACUUCUUCCAGCCAGCUAGUCUUGCUUGAAAUUGCUGAGCAUCUAGGGAUAAUUUUCUUUAGUUUCAAGUGUACUGUUUAGCUCUACAAAGGGAUCCAAAAACCACUGUAAACAAAACUAAAUGAAAGCUAAACAGAUGAAUCUUGUGGGAGUAGGAUGCUUGAAAUGGUAAUGACAUUCUGAUUAAUCCUCUUAAGUCAUAACUGAGCCCUCAGAUUUGCUAUCACCGUGUAUUUCUGCGUGUAGAAAUGAGGGCAAAUGUUGCAUGCUAUGCACAGGCACUCACUUAAUAUGAAAUGAUUGGAGCAACGGCGUAAUUGUUGUGUGGUGUUGUAAGAAAAGGUAUUUUGCUGUUAAUACUAUGUUCAGUUUGGGCAGCCUAAGUUCAGGUUUCUCAUACAUUCACAUGAUGAUAUGCACACUGCCUACUGUAGAAGUAGGCUUCUUAAAUGAUAAUUAAGAAUGAUUUGGCAGCUUAAUUGAUUCUUAGUAAAGCUGAUUCCUUCUUACUCUCUUCUUGCUCCUUUCAUAUUGUAAAUUCACGCCUCAUCUAUCUUGUUUUAUAUCUAGAUUUGUUAACCAUUCUGCCUUGAUAUGCAUAGUGACUGCUUCAGUCUGAGGAAGAUAAGAAUAGCGUGUCCCAUGGCCUUCUGCUUAAGUACGGUACUCUUCCCAUCUGUGAUAGCUUGUGAUGUUUGGGGGCGGAUCUGCUGGGGGAUUUUUAUUUUUAUUUUUUUUCCCCUGUGCCCUUGGAAGCCAUCUGGCAUAAUGCUGCUCAUGUUUCUUCCUAAGUUUCCUAUAAGGAGCCACAUGCUCAGAGGUUAUUGGAGUCAUCUACCAUCUACCUCUGCCUUUUCUGAGACAAGGUGCUGACCCUUGAGAUUUGAUGCCUAUAGCUCAGUCUGUACUGUCCAUCCUUGGCUUUGUAUUCACAAGUGUGGCAUCAGCAAUGAGCUGUGCCUUGGAAACAACUCAUCAUCUUCUGUUAUGUUUCUUAGGUGUGAAUUUAAAUAAAAUCAGUAACAUGGGUGUUUCUUUAUAGGCUUUAUCAUGUGUUUCACUGUGCAUCUCAUGAUAUUAUCUACAUUGUUUUAAUGUAUUUGUUUAUAUUUCAUUGUUGAGUCUAGAAAGAAGAGGGGAAAAUUGAGGAAAAAAUCCAAGUUGUUAAUUAUAUAUAUUUUUUGCCCCCGUGAAUUACAUUGUGCCAUAUGAUGAUUGCCCCUUCUUAGUGCAACAGACUUGCUGUUUCUUAUAGUGCUGUGAGCCGCAGCAGGAGAAUUGAUCUGCUAUAAGCUGCGGGUGGGCUGUUAAUAAUUGAGUUAACCUUUAGUUUUCCAUAAACUUCUAGGACCCUAAACAAAUUUGACAUUUGUCAUCUUUGUGCUAUUUUGGGAACAUGCAGGUACAGCAAAUGCUUAUUUAAUAUAUGGCUUUAUUAAUGCAACCUUUUUUUCCCCUCCUCUUCUUCAGUCUUUGUUCUAAAUCUGCUAUUUUCUUGUCCUGUGAUGUAUCUGUAAGCAUUCCUACUUGUGUGGGUUCUUUUUUUUUUUUUUUUUUUGAGGAUGGGGGAAUGGUUUUAGGGCAUAAUUUCACAAAACCUCCCCAUCUUAGUAGCAAUUCAAAUAGUGUAGAAAAUAAUGUGCUCUCUCCUACUCAGAUGAGGUACUGAACAGUUUUGUACGUGAAGAUUACGUGAAGAUCAGUACAGUCUUAUGCUGAAAGCUCUGGAGCCAAACGUCCUGAGUUAGGAUAGAUGAAAAAUAAGGCACAGCUGUGAAUUUAAGAUGUAGCAAAGGAUGGGAAGAAGAGAGAAAACCAAAUUUGAUGUUCAGUAACCUGGUGCUCUGAAAAUGAUGUGUGAGCGUGAACAAUCCCCUGCUGUAGAAGGAAAGAUACCUUCCUCACAUCUUAGUGGAGAUGGAGACAUUUUGACUUGAUUUAAAAAAAAAAAAAAAAAAAAGAAGAAAAAAAAAAGUAGGCUUAGAAGUGUUCUUUUCCUAAUUCCAGGCCAUGCUGGCCAUACAAUAUGGUAGGAGGGAUUUGACACCGACAUUGUUAAUGGUGUGCCUUAAAACCUAAGAUAUGUUGGCAAAUCAGUGUGAUUAUCAAAUAACUUUUACUCAGCUGAAGUGCAGCAGUUGGUUCAGUGUGGCCUGCAGGACAUAGGAGCUUACAUCAGGAGGGCUGUAUGUACCUGGAGGAAAGGAUUCUUCCAGGCUGGGAUUUCUGCCUAGAAAUUCUGAGAUGAGUAAAGCUGUUGUGUAGCAUUCCUGAACCUGGGACUUUGAUUUUUUUGUUUAUAGGCUAAAAUAUCAUGGAUUGUUUGGAGGGCCUUUUAGCCAACAAAGAUCAAAAAGAAUGUACAGAUAUAGAUAUUGCCAUUAAGAUUAAAAUACAUGAAAGUAAUCAUUUUCUAUGAAAUUGAAGUGGGUACAAAGCUCAGCAGAAUGUUCUGCUUUUUGCCUUUAACACUUUUUGGGAAAAAAAAAAUUCUACCUUUAUUUUAACAGAAGGAAUUGAUUAAAAAUGAAUUUGUACAAAUAUUCAGGAAAUCUCUGAAUUUUUCCUGAUGUUUUCCCUUUUAGCCACUUAAAUCAAUGUUUGAUAGAGCCAGAGGAGUACUGCCCAGCUUGAGAAGGUUCCUUUGUUGUUUUGAUCUUAUUUUUGCAUUGUCUUUUUAAAAUCUGUCUAUAAUUUAACCAUUUGUAUUUUAUAAAUAAUCUUUCUUAAAAAAAAAAAAUCUGCUUACACUGUGAUUUAUAGAAGCCUUUAAUUUAGUGUAUACAACACAAUCUAAUUUUCCUUUGGGAUAUUCAGCUUUAAAAUUGUUCUUAUAUAUGCCCAGAAAUAAAAGCUGUCUAUUUAUCAUGAAAAUGUGAUUAGCUGAAGUAACCUAUCCGGAGUCUCAGUACAGCUCUUUCAAAAAUGUGCUGGAUGGAUGACUUAGUGAAAUUGCCUUUUAAUCACUAUGGGUUAAUAAAUAUUUUUUUAUAACUAGCCACAGAUAUUCCUUUUUAAAUUAUGCUUAGCAAACAGAAAAUAUUUAAUUUUAUAUACAAUAUACAUAGUUACCUUGAUUGACAUAUUUAUAACAGAGCUUUGAGUUUACUAUGAAGGUUUUAUCUGUAUACUGUGGUCUUCAUAGGUAGAAGUUAUAAAAAGCCAGUUAGCGGAUAUGGAAACUAUCUUCAUAAAUUCAGAAUGAGGACAUCAGAGCAUUUCAAAAAGCAAUAGCCAGAUCUUACUAACAGAGUAUCUGUUUUUUUCUUGUUUUUUUUCUGGGGCUGGUCCCUGCAGCUAUUUUAGUAACAUCUGGAUAUGAGUAACAGAAUGAAAUAUGACUGUCUGCCUCUUCUAACUGUCAAGGACUAUUGUCUAGAAUAUGGGAAACUUCAGGGUAUUGUGUUUGUUUUGCUUUGGACAAAUGUCUCAAUAGACAUAUUUAGUUAAAACCUUCAUGUAUUUGAAAGAAAAUACCUUCUAUUAGCUAGGCUGAUUUAUCACUUUUGGUAACCUUUUAAUCCCAAAGGAUUACAAUCAAAGUACUGUUAGCAAUGUUACAUUUACCCAGAUGUCUACAGGUUAAAGCAGUUCUGGCUAGCACCCUUUUAUUACAACAAUUGCUACCUUCAUUUUCUACUGUUUGUACUUUAAUCUCAAAUGUUUACCAGUUUCUACUUGUUGGAUUAUUGCAGAGGGAGAGUGUAUCUUAGCACUACAGUUCAUGCAGCUUUAACUCAUGUCACAGUUCUAGAGUAAGAAGAUGUUUCGACUUAAAUAUUGUGGCCAAUUAAUUGCAUUUUAAAUGAUUUCUGUACUUAAGAUAUAACAGUUAUGACAUAACAAAUGACUUAGCUAAUCGUGUUAUCUGUCUAGACUUCUCUUCUGUGUUAGUGUCAUUUUGAAACUAUUUGUAUAUGUUGAAGUUUGUAAGGGUUCAGGAACCCACACUAAAAUAGUAAACUAUGUAUUUAUUUCUCAGUCUUCAAUUUAUUUGCUCAAUUAUGAUUUGGAAGUUGACACUUUGUAUGUUUUUUCACAGAAUUGUAAACAAAUUCUGAAAAACUGCUUCACCUAGGGUGCCUUCCAUGUGUGGUAUAACACCUGUCAUUCACAGCAAUUGAGAUGUAAAUUUAUUAAACCAGUAAACACUAUUUUUGUAAUGUGAGUCACUGUUAUAUCUCUGGCUUUGUUGUGCUUUGUUUCUGCUGAAGCAGUUCUGUUGCGACUAGUCACUGUCUUUCCUCUGUGUGCUGCAUGGCAAAUUUCAUCUCAUGGUGAAUCAGAAGAUUGUCUCAUUUUUGUCCUGCUCUGCCUUCAACUGCUACCUGAAAGAUGAAGUUGAAGCACACUGCUGAAGUGAAGUAGAAGGUAUUUCAACUCUGUUUCCUUGACAUGUGUAUAAAGAAGUGCUCGUUGUGGGAUCUCUGUAUCCUUGGUGCUAAUUUGGGCUCCUGUAGAGAAACACAGUAGAUGCAGUCUAAAUGUUCCUAACAGUAGCUACAUGUAUGCUUAAUGGUGUCUGAGGAAGGAACAUCUGGGCCUGGCUGUAAGACUUGUCCCUUGGGGAUAUAGUUCCUAUACUGACUGAUUUAUAAUUGUGAACAGCUCAGUAUCAGUCAAAGGUAGUGGGUUAGAGUUCCAUCUUUGGGCUGAGCAAACAGGGUGCAGUUUUCCUUCUAACUUAUGAGUACACUUCUGCUAUGUAAUACCCUUGGUGUUUUGCUUUUGAAGUACAAAAAAAUUAUAAGAUAUUGCCAAGGAAAAUCUCCAAGUGUUCUGUGCAUGCUGCUGCAAGUGCAGAACCUGGCUCUGUUGUCCUUACUCAGGCAAAAUUCCCCAUUGACUUAGGGGACUGCAGGAUCAGGGAUCCAUUUAUCACCAAAAACACGUUCUGAUUCAAGGAUUUGAAGAAUCUCAUGAGCUAGCAAAUGUUUGUAUAGAGCCCAUCUACAGCCUUGAAGCAAUUUCACAUUAUUUUGGUAAGUAUUUUUGGUGUUUUGAAUUAGAUUGCACACAGGCCAGCUGAUAAAAUCAGUGCUCUCUGUAGAAGUACCAGCUGGCUGUGAGCACUGUCUUGUCAGUAUCAACAGCAGUAGCUUACAUGUGUAAGCAUAGCAUCUUCCAGCUCUGUUUGUGAAUAUCACGCUGUUAACGCUUGAACAAUUUCAAAGGCAACUGUACAAGAAAACACAACCCCUAGCUUGUUUUUUUACACCGAUAAUGGUUUUUCAAUAUGUUGUGCACUUGUUUUCUGUUGGUUUUAAGCUAAACAAAAACACAAGUUGAAGAAUCGUCUUGGAAUGCAGCAGUCCUUCUUUCAAAAAUCCAUACCAUUCUAGCAUAAUUUAAAUGGUGUAUUUAUCAGUUUAUCAGUCAUUUUACUUUUCCAGUCUUUUGUAUAUGGGCACAUUACCUUUUGUAAAUUUUUAAUUUAGAUGUCUUUGUCUUUUUCCUUCUGAUAUUUGAAGAUUUGAGCUCUGUGGAUUUUCAUGGUACUCUUCUGGUUAUGUCUUCGUAGCGUUAAAAGUCUGUAUUUUUGUAUGUAGGGAAAAUUGUAGUUUUCUAACACUUACUUCGAUCAAUAUAGUAUGAAAUCAUUUGUGAAGGACUUCUGUUUAAUAAAUGGACGUAUUAAAGUACUAAAA